GAACUCGGUUGUUCGUUGUUCGGUACUCAUUGUUGGAAGACCGUCGAAGCGAGAGUAUUCACGUCUCUUCCUCUCAAACGAGUACGUUGUAUUAGUUAGUUACAGGAAACAUGUUCUUCUCUGGGCUGUUACUUACUCUUCUGGCAGUUGCCUCUGCCAGUGAAGUGUGCUAUACCGAUGUACACGCUAGUUGCAAUUCCAAUGCUAAUCCAGAUAGUCAGACUUUAGUGCAAAACUGUAAUGCCAAAUAUGGGGCUAUUGAUAAUCUUCUAGUUGAUCUCCAAGGAUAUGCAAAUGCUUAUAUUGAUUCCAGUUUUGAGUUCUUAUUAUACUCCAGCUAUUUUGGGAAUUAUGAAAAUCAACGUGAAGGAUUUAAGAAGCUAUAUCGUAAAUUUUCUGAUGAAAUGUGGGAGGAUGCAAUUGAUAUAAUCAAAUUUAUUACAAAACGAGGUGGACAAAUGAAUUUCAAUCAGUUCCCAGAGUUCAAACUUCCGCAUAAUAAGAGUAGAGUUAUUGAAUUCGUCGAAAUUGAAAGCUUAGCUAAAGCUCUUGAUAUUCAGAAGCAAUUCGCGAAAGAAGCAAUACGUAUACAUUCAAGGGCACAGCCUCAUACCAACCAUGAUGCUUCCAUUACUCACUAUAUCGAAGAGAAAUUCUUAGGAUCGUUAACAGAACGCAUACGAAACUUGGCAGGCUUUAUAAGUGAUUUGAAAUAUUUGUUAGCUGAACAUGAUCCACAUAUGUCUCUGUUCUUGUUCGAUGAAUAUCUCCAGAAGACUUUAUAAUUUCAUUAAAACCGAAGUCGAACAAACAUAAAUCAUUAUUUUUUUUACAUUCUUUAGUCCGAACGCUCGAUAUCAGUGCAUCAGGAUGUUCUGCGUAACAAAAUGUACUUUCCUUUAUCCCUAUUUAGUUAAGCAAAAAUAUAAUUUACAAUUGUUAUGCAUAUCUGAUAAAUUAUAUAUUAUGGUUUUUAUAUA